AUGGAAAUAAUAUGUUGCCUUAAAUAUAUAAAGAAUAAAGCCAAUAAAAAAUAUAUUGGUCUUUUUUUGAAUUUAAAAAGUUUUGUUAUGUAUCUUUUGUUUAUCUCAUUAUAUUGUUUUUUUUUAUUUUUGACAGAAAUAGAAAAUAAAUGUAUUUCAAAAGGAUACGUAAGUAUUAUAUGCCAAAGAAAAUUAGCUGAAAAUAACAUAGAUAAUGACAGAUCGAAACAUUCCCUUUUUAGUCGUAUAUUUAGAAAAAAAAAUAUAAAAAGACAUAAGGAGAAAAUUGAAGAUGAGAAAAUAGAUAAGAAUGAAACAGAAGAAGAAAAAGUUAAAAUUAAAAAGGAAUCAAAAGGUAAAACAAAAAAAAAUUCUAAAAACAAAAGAAAUCAAAACAAUUUAAGAAGUGAAGAUAACAAUAACAAUAUAGUGAGUAGAAUAUAUGAUAGUGGUAUAAAUAAAAACGAAUUGUUAUUUCCUGAAUAUAAUAUAAAGAAUGAUUCAUAUACUUUUAUGAAAAUUAUAGAUAUAACACCCAAUAAAAAUAAUGAGAAUUUAAAUGUUAAUGUGGAUGACGUAGUACCUUGUGUAAGUGAAUUAGAGAAACGAUUGAAUUCAGAAAAUAAAAUUAUAUAUAAUUGGGAAUUAGGAAAUAAAAGUGUAAAUGAAUUCCUUGGUCAUGCAUAUAAUUUUGAAAUUUAUGGAGUAAAUUAUUACGAUUGGAAAUUAACUAAUAUUAAAACUGUAGGUUAUGAUAUAUAUAGAGGUAGAGGUCAUGAAAUGUUUAAAGCAGUUAUUCCUUCGAAUGGAAUUGAUAUGAAGAAUGAUAUAACUUUAUUUAUUAAGAAGAUACCUAUAAAUUUAUGGAUGCAACAGUAUGAUUUAAUGAAUAUGUUAUAUGGAGAAUAUUUGAUGGGUGGAGAAAAUUUUGUAAUGGAAGUUAUGGUAUGCGCUUUUUUAACAAAAUACUAUCCAGGUAUAUCUCCAAAAUUGUACAAAGUAUUAUUUGCCCCAGAAGAUAGGAGUAUGUUUAAAAAUAUUUCUUCAUCGUAUAUGUGUAAUGAUAUUAAUGUAUUUAAUUAUAUAUUGAAUAAGAUGUUAAUAAGGGAUAUGAAAGGACACGUAGUAAUGGUUUCAGAAUAUUAUGGUAAAGACACCGACAAAUACUUACGAAAAGAAGGGGAUAUAUACCGUGAUAUUAGUGAAAAUGAAAAAAAAAAAAUAAUGCAUGAAUGGAUAAAAUUAGUAAGUAGGUUGCACGAUAGUGGGUUGUCUCAUCUAGAUAUAUCUCCUGAAAAUACAUUAAUUGGAGAAAAUCAUAAUAUGCGUUUAUGUGAUUUUUCCAAAAGCACACCUUUAUAUACGUAUAAUUUGAGACAUCGAAAGAAUCCAAAUGGUUUAUGUGUAUUUCAAUCUUGCUGCCCUACAGUUGGAAAACCUAAAUAUGAACCACCAGAAUGCAUAGAUCUGAGGAGAAAAUUAAGAGAAAUGAACAUUUAUGACGCUUUAAUAUAUUUAAGGAAUAUAGAAGAUCAAGAAGAAAGGAAAAAAUAUUAUUUUGAUGUUGAAUGUGUUGAUAAAUAUAUGCUUGGUAUUAUGUUAAUUUGGAUAUGGGAUUACAAAUAUUUAUGGAAUAAAGCAGAUUCCUUAGAAGAUAAGGAUUUUAUAUUAUUUAAGAAGAACAACAUGAACUUGGAUAUUUUCCCAACAACGCAAAAUUGGCCACAAGAAUUAAAAUAUAUUAUAUCGCAAUUGUUAGUAUUAGAAACUCGGAAAAAUUUACAGUUUAAGGACUUAAUUAAUCACCCAUGGUUUUCGUGUAAUGAGUAA